GUCAGUUAGAGACAAUACGAGAAGCACUUGUUGUCAUUCGUAUUAUAAAAAAUUGAAAGUACACUCGACAUGGAUGCCGAUGCUAAUCCCGUGGAUAGUGAUUUCUUUGAUACUCUGUGGCCACUGAUACUUAACGAGAAUAAGUGUGAGUUGGUUAGUGAAUCGAAAGAGUAUUUUGUACCUUGUAAGCCAUUCGAUCAGAUACAUUGGCAUGGGAUGUUGAGUAAGGUGGGUUACCCCGGCUAUGCGACGCCGGAUGAUUUGCACUGUUGCGGCGCUGCCAAGCGAGAAGAAGAACAGAAUUUGGAGGCUGUCAAGGAAGUUGAUGCAGCUGCCGAACAACCAACUGCCGCUGCUCUUAUGGAUUACGAAAACUGCGGUUCACUGGGCAUCAAGCCGGUGUACAAGCAGGUGAAGCAGCUGCGGAAGCAACGCGAACGUCGCCAGAAGUUGGCCUACAACUUUGCCAAUCGCAAAUAUCCGUGGACCAUGCAGACGCCUUCGCAUGAGACUGGAUUUAUGCUCACAGCUGAGCUUAAACGCAAUUUCCAAUGCCAGCGGGAGAUGCAAAUGCUGGAGGCCAUCUAUCGUUAUAACUGCAAGUUGAUGCUGAUUGAUUGCAGCUCGGAGAUCUGUGUGGAAGAUGUGAAGCGUUGGAUCAAAUUUCGUCCCUAUGUGCAAAUGCUGGUGAUGGUUCGCUGUCCACGUGUCGAGCGGCACAUUCAGCUGCUGAAUGUCUUUCACACACUGUUGGUGGAGGAGAGUGCUCUCAACACUUGGCACCAGGAGUUGCAGUGCUCAUUGCGUGCUGGCCUCAAGGAGGCGCGACAGCGAGAGCUCUUCAAGAACUGUGCCGAGGCGUUUGUUUUUGUCUUUUCACGUUAUCGCGGUAUCUGCACUUGCGAUACCUACAAAAUUUUACGCAGCAUGUAAAGUUCAAGUUCAAUAAAGUCGACUCACUUGAGUUGUGCGAUUGGCA